UACUGUCUUUCCAGAUUUUUGUCGAAACGACAGAAAAAAAAAAGAAGUAUGGGAGUGCCGAGCGACGACGCCGUCUUGAUCCAGAAAGGAAAGAAGCCAGGAGAGCCUCAUGUAAUCACUGUUAAUUGUCCUGAUAAGCAUGGCCUAGGAUGCGAUAUUUGCCGUAUAAUUCUUGAUUUCGGUCUCUACGUCACCAAAGGAGAUGUUUCAACGGAUGGAAUUUGGUGCUAUAUGGUAUUUUGGGUGGUUCCUCAUUCAAGCUCACCUUUUGUAAGGUGGCCGAGUUUAAAGAACCGCCUUCAGUCCUUAUGUCCAUCUUGUUCAGUGACAUUUUACUUGAAUGAUCAAAGUUCCACCUCUGCGGCUUCUUCAGUUUACUUGUUAAAGUUCUUUUGCCUUGAUCGGAAAGGAUUGUUACAUGAUGUCACACAGGUUCUCUGUGAGCUCGAGCUCACAAUUCAAAAGGUGAAAGUUACCACAACCCCAGAUGGUAGAGUCCUUGACCUCUUCUUUAUAACUGAUAACAUGGAGCUUUUACACACAAAAGAACGGCAAGAUGACACGUAUAAACAAUUAAAUGCUGUGUUGGGUGAAUCAUGUAUCAGUUGUGAACUCAAGUUGGCAGGUCCUGAGUAUGAAUGUCAUCAUGGUAUCUCAUCUCUUUCUCCUGCUUUAGAGGAAGAAUUAUUUCAUUUUGAGCUAUCAGAUAAAGAGAGUCGUUCACAAGCUCUUAGCCCAGAUAUGAGGAAAUUAAAGAAAGCAAAUGUGGUAGUAGACAAUUCAUUGAGCCCAGCUCAUACAUUGCUUCAAAUACAUUGUGUUGAUCACAAAGGGCUUUUCUACGAUGUGUUGAGAACUUUGAAAGACUGCAAUAUCAAGAUAGCUUAUGGUCGGUUCUCACCAAAUUCCAACAGCUACCGUGAUUUAGACCUCUUUAUUCAGCAAAAGGAUGGGAAAAAGAUUGUGGAUCCUGAGAAGCAAAAUGGGCUAUGUUCUCGUCUGAAGGUGGAAAUGCUUCACCCACUGCGUGUCAUCAUUUCAAACCGAGGGCCAGAUACUGAACUUCUGGUUGCUAAUCCAGUUGAGUUAUCUGGAAGGGGAAGACCACGAGUUUUCUAUGAUGUUACACUAGCUCUAAAGGCCCUUGGGAUUUGCAUAUUCUCGGCUGAAAUUGGAAGACAUUCAAGUUCAGAUCGGGAAUGGGAAGUCUACAGAUUUCUUUUGGAUGAGAACUGCAGAUUCCAAUUAUCAAGUAUGGUAGCUAGAAACCAGAUUGUAGAUAGAGUUAGACGAUUGCUGAUGGGUUGGUAAGUGGAGUCAUCUUCUUUGUACCUGGAUGAUGAGUCCCACAACCAUUUACUGCACUUUGUCCUGGUUUCAGUUUGGGGCUCUAAUGAUCUCCCGAGUCCCGACCCUCCUAGCCACCCCUGCAAUGCACUAAUCCCCAAUUAUAUCUUUGAUGCAUUCGGUUUGUAUUCUCAAAUAAACCUUCAUAUGAUAACCUAUGUUGAGCAUGUGUAAGUCAAAUAUGAGUGCUCUUUAUUUUUUUGUAGAGAGGGACAGAAACUAGUAUGAUGUAAAGCAUGCUUGUCCAAUCCGUUCUUGGUUUCCAGCCUAACCCAUGUGUUUGUUGCUUGGUGAGAUAAAUAAACUUAUGAACCUUUGAAUUAUUGAACCAUUAAUUAAACAUUUUACUCUGUAUUGUUAUUAGA